AUGGUUACCCAAAAUACGCCGAUAUUAAAUCCAACCGAGGAGCACUAUCUAAAGAGAGAAUUGCUUCGAUUCCAAUUAGAUCAUGAAAUUGAAGGGCUGAAUAACCAGUUUGCGUUGAGAGAUUUUGGGUACCCCUUCUCACCAAAUGAUCCAAAAGCUUCACAGCCCAUUUCAAACAAUGAUUCAUCACCAGUUCUCGGUGGCAAAAAUCAUUUUAGCGUAAGUUAUCCUAUGUUGAGCUAUGUUUUGCAAGAAUUUAUAUCUACAUUCCCUUUACUGUCAACUAAUCUGUUAGUUGAUGAAAAGUUUUGGCAAACUAAGGUUCAAGUGUUUUUUGAACAUUUUAUGAGUCUUGGUUUUAGCGAAAGUUACGAUAGGGAGGAAGCUUCAAAGAGGAAGAAAAUUUCGAAAAAAUUAUCCAAGGUCAUUCUGCUGCUCUUUAACUCUGGUGUUGGAUCAUCUCAAGAGCAAGCGUACUAUAAUGAAGAUAAAUUUGUUCUACAAUCCGGCCAAGCGAGGAAAAGAUCUAAUAUUGAGAAAUUUGCCAUGCCAACUAGGGAAAAUUUAGAAAAUUUGCUGACCAACGAACCUGUUUUCAUUAACGGUUGGGACAUUAAUAUUAUAUCUGUGUUUGAAAAGAGUUCACGGAGAUCUACUGAAAAAAUGGAAAACGCUAGAACUCCUAAACCAACGCCAACAUCUAAUCCUAAAAGCCAUGGUAUGAAAUCAUUUGCGUCUACUUCUAAAUGGAUGAAGAAUGCCUUCAACAACACUAUUAACAGUACUAUAAACAGUAUGCCUGAAUCUUCAGCAUCCUUAUUUUCUAAACUUUCUCUUGGUGUUCCUUCAGUUAAGAGCAAUGGUUCGAGAAAACAUCAUCAUUUCUUGAUCAAAAUCAAGGAGCAAAAAGACGAGGAUCAUAAAUAUGGUUGUCCCACUGAAUUUUUUUAUAUAACAAGGACUUUUAGCGAUUUCAAAAAACUAUCGCACAAUUUAAGAUCAGAAUUUCCAGGAAAGAAAUGUCCACGCUUACCACAUAGAAACAAAAAAGUGACGUCGAUGGUAACCAAGAUAGAAGUGCUACAUAAUAGCCAAUCUAAAUCGUCAACCCGGGAAAGGAUUAUCAGUACUUUUGAUACUGAUAUGCAGUCUGUGUCAGAGUCAGAUACUUCUUCAUUUUUACAACCAAUAAAUGAAAUAUCUACUACUGAAACAGUUCUUACAGAAAAGGAAACUGAAAUAUUGAGAAACAAUAUCCUUGAUGAAAUCAAAGAAGAAGAAAAUAUUGAUAAGGAUGAGGAAGACGGAGACGGAGAAUGCGAAGAAAGUGACUUUGACGAUUAUAAAGAUACAUCAGAUUCAAAAGUCAACACUUUGGUGGGUGAAAAAAUGAGAACUUCAUUAAGGCAAUACUUGAGGAGUUUGUGUAAAGAUGUGGAGAUUUCCCAAAGCGUUUCUCUUCGUCGGUUCUUCUUAAAUGGACCCACCUUAGAUGUGAAAGACUUUAAUCAGAAAAUAGUUGAGGAUAUUAAAAAUAGAGCUCUAGUUGAUGUAAGUAAUUUGGAGAACCAGAUACGCUUUCAGCAGAUGGCAUUGGAAAAGUCUUUAAAAUUACAAGACUCGAUGAAAGACUUUAAAACUUCCUUAUUAAAAGAUGAAAAGUACUUGAUGAGCUUACUGGGAGAAAUCAAAAACAACACAAAAGUGAAGAAUCUGUCACCACUAUUGCAAGACUUUGUCGAAUGGUGUAAAAUUUACAUUUCCUCGAUGAUCUAUCAAAUGUUUCUCGGAAAUGAUAACAGUUAUGAACUAUAUACGCAAAUCAGGCGUUUGCAUAGACUCAUGCCCUAUACUGUGAUGGGUCAAAUCAUGAAGUUUACUAAUCCAAUAGCAGUAAUGAAGGGAAUGAUCGAACUAUUUAUGGCACAGCCCUUUGGUGGACAUUCGCUCUUGCAAACAAUGUUUUCUACAAUAUUAACAGAUGAUUUGAAGUCUCAAAGAGUAGUUAUAAAGGAAUUAGAAACAAAACUUGUUGGGAUGGAUCCAGGCGCGCCGGUUGUGAUUAAAUGCCUGAAAGAUUUCAUUUUUAAUAACGAUACUAAUGAUAAACAUGAAACUGAACUGUUUACUAUGGAAGCGGUUAAUGUAGAAGCCGAAUCUAUGAAUAUGCCUGUGCCAUUGAUAAUAUUAAUCAAAAGUGCUGCUGCUAAUCUAAUUCCAGACGAGGUUAUCGCAGGGCUUAUUGAAUCCUAUUCCUCAUGGAAACUACAAAGAGACGACGUGGACACUCUAACUGAAACUGGUGAAGAUCAUUUAGGUAACUAUUUCGCUUACGUCAAAGAUUUAUUGCAAUUGUAUAUUAAAGAACAUGACAAACAACUCAUGAAGCAAUUGUGGCAAGAUCCUGAAUUAACACAAAUGCUAAAGGCAAUCGUGACGAUGAUUUAUGAACCGAUGGUCAAGAUAUUCAAAAUUGCAAGGAUGGAUAUUGCUCUAAAAAAUUUUGAGAAGUUCAUGAGUGAUUUGAUUAAGCUAGUUGAUGAUGUUAUUAAUGGGCAAUUAGGCGUUUCUACACAAUUCAACGUUGUGGAAGAAAUCCAUAAUCUAGUAACCAAGCAUCAAGAUGCCUUUUUUGAGUUUAUACACGAUGUGUACUCAAACGAUUCAGAAGGCAUAUUCGAAGGAUUUAUCACUUGGAUCACUACAAUAGUGAAGUUUCUGCAAAGAAGCAAGUUUGGGAAGCCAGGUGAAAGGAUUGACUUCAAUAAGUUAAUUUGUAGAGAUAACACGGAUAUUGAUAUUGCGCUUUUGAAAAAGCAAAUUAAUGAUGUUUUAAAUAAGAAGAUUGGUGCGAGGAAAAUGUACAAAAAGUUGUUGGAUUUGAAGGUUAAACAAGGUGCCAAACAGAGUGAUAAGCACGUGGCAGGCUUCCUUGAAAAGAAUUGGAGUGAUAUCAACUCAUUAGUUAUGCCAUCGAGCUCUGGAUCAUUUGGGCUCGAGGAUGGUGAUUUGGUAGAUUUGGAUCUUGAUACAGGUGAUUAUGAUUUCCUACAUAAAGAGAAUGAAGUUGAGCUGGAAAAGAAAUAUCAGGAUUUAUUAAAUCUUGUUGUUGACGAAAGUGAAAUUGAUAGAUUGAGAACUCAAGUUUUCGCACAAGAAUUGAAAAAUUAUCUGGAAGCUCAAGUAGUUGAGAAGUAA